CGGCCGGGCGCGGGGGGCGCUGAGCCGGGCGCGGAGCCGACGCGAGGGCGUGGGAGUCGGGAGCCCUCGGCCCGGUUCCCGCCACCGCCGCACCAUGGGCAGCGCGGAGGACGCGGUGAAAGAGAAGCUGCUGUGGAACGUGAAAAAGGAGGUAAAGCAAAUCAUGGAGGAGGCUGUCACCAGGAAGUUUGUGCAUGAAGACAGCAGCCACAUCAUUGCUCUGUGUGGUGCAGUAGAAGCUUGUCUUCUGCAUCAGCUGAGACGCCGAGCUGCUGGCUUUCUGAGAAGUGAUAAAAUGGCAGCCCUGUUUACCAAGGUGGGGAAGACAUGCCCAGUUACUGGGGAGAUUUGUCACAAGGUUCAGGAAUUGCAGCACCAAGUUGAGGGCAGGAAACCCUUGGGGAGUAACCAGGAGAUCCUAAGGAGACAGGGUUCUGUCAGUGGAAAGGCCCCAGCCCUCAGCCUGCAGGCCUUGAAACACAUAUGGGUACGCACAGCGCUCAUCGAAAAAGUGCUCGACAAGGUUGUACAGUAUCUGGUGGAGAAUUGCAGUAAGUACUACGAGAAGGAGGCAUUACUGGCAGACCCUGUAUUUGGCCCCAUCUUGGCCUCUCUUCUAGUGGGACCCUGUGCCUUGGAGUACACCAAGCUCAAGACAGCUGAUCACUACUGGACUGAUCCCUCUGCUGAUGAACUGGUCCAGAGGCAUCGUAUCCGGGGUACCCCUAAUCGUCAGGAUUCCCCUGCAAAGCGUCCAGCCCUAGGAAUCCGGAAGCGUCACUCAAGUGGCAGCACAUCAGAGGACAGACUGGCUGCCUGUGCUCGUGAAUAUGUUGAGUCCUUACAUCAAAACUCAAGGAUACGGCUGCUCUAUGGCAAGAACAAUGUGCUGGUUCAGCCGAAGGAAGACAUGGAGGCUGUACCUGGCUACCUCUCCCUACACCAGUCUGCAGACAGUCUGACUCUAAAGUGGACCCCUAACCAACUUAUGAACGGGACUCUGGGGGACUCUGAGCUGGAGAAAAGCGUUUACUGGGACUAUGCUUUGGUUGUACCCUUCAGUCAGAUUGUCUGCAUCCACUGCCAUCAGCAAAAGAGUGGCGGCACGCUUGUGCUCGUGAGCCAGGAUGGUAUCCAGAGGCCGCCACUGCACUUUCCCCAGGGAGGGCACCUGCUGUCCUUUCUGUCAUGCCUGGAGAAUGGUCUUCUUCCUCGAGGACAGCUGGAACCCCCACUCUGGACCCAGCAGGGAAAGGGGAAAGUGUUUCCUAAGCUCCGGAAGCGUAGCAGCAUGCGGUCUGUGGACAUGGAGGAAAUGGGCAUGGGGAGGGCCACAGAUUACGUGUUCCGGAUCAUUUACCCAGGCCACAGGCAUGAACACAUCACUAUUAACUACCACCACCUAGCGGCCAGCCGCGCGGCCUCGGUGGACGAUGAUGAGGAAGAGGAAGAUAAACUACACGCAAUGCUCUCAAUGAUCUGCUCACGGAACCUCACAGCUCCCAAUCCGAUGAAAGAUGCUGGUGACAUGAUCGAGAUGCAAGGCUUUGGACCUGGCCUACCAUCAUGGAACCUGGAGCCCUUGUGCACUCAGGGCUCCUCCUGCCUCUCCUGUUCCACAAGUAGCUCCCCAUAUGCAACACCUAGCCACUGCAACUGUGUCCCUGACCGGUUGCCCCUCAGGCUACUGUGUGAGACCAUGAAGAGGCAGAUUGUUUCCCGGGCCUUCUAUGGCUGGCUGGCAUACUGCCGCCACCUAUCCACAGUACGGACCCACCUGUCAGCACUGGUGCAUCACAACAUCAUCCCACCUGCACGCCCCCCAGGGGCCUCCGGAGGCCUCACCAAGGACGUGUGGAGCAAGUACCAGAAAGAUGAAAAGAAUUAUAAAGAGCUGGAAUUGUUGCGGCAGGUGUACUAUGGUGGUGUGGAACAUGAGAUUCGCAAGGACGUUUGGCCCUUUCUGCUUGGCCACUACAAGUUUGGCAUGACUAAGAAGGAAAUGGAGCAGGUGGAUAUAGCAGUGGCAGCAAGGUACCAGCGGGUAUUGACAGAGUGGAAGGCCUGUGAAAUGGCUGUGCGGCAUCGGGAGCGGGAGGCUCAUCCAACCACACUCACCAAGUUCUCCUCAGGCAGCAGUAUUGACAGCCAUGUGCAGCGCCUCAUCCAUCGAGAUUCCACUAUCAGCAAUGAUGUAUUCAUCUCUGUGGAUGACCUUGAGCCUCCCAAGCCCCUGGGCUCUGAAGAUACCAGAGUGGACCCUGAGCAGGACCCAGGAGUGGGCAUCCUGAAUACUGCUGUGAUAGAACAGCAGCAGUCAGUCGAGUUUGAUUCUCCAGACUCUGGACUGCCAUCCUCACGCAAUUACUCCAUGGCCUCAGGCAUCCAGUCAAGCAUAGAUGAGGGACAGAGUGUGGGCUUUGAGGAGGAGUAUGUUGGUGGGGAGCCUGAUGUCUCAGGCCCUGCAACCCACAGUUUCUCUGAGCCCCAAGAUCCUACCCAGAAGGCCUCGAGAGCCAGCGAGCUGGAAGCUGCAGAGGAGCUUGCGGCUGUAUGUGCUGCUGCCUACACUAUAGAAUUACUGGACACUGUGGCCUUAAAUCUGCACCGAAUAGACAAGGAUGUACAGCGCUGUGACCGGAACUACUGGUACUUCACAUCCCCCAACCUUGAACGGCUCAGAGACAUCAUGUGCAGCUACGUGUGGGAGCACUUGGACAUGGGCUAUGUACAGGGCAUGUGUGACCUGUUGGCACCUCUCCUGGUCAUUCUGGAUAAUGAUCAGCUGGCCUAUAGCUGUUUCAGCCAUCUCAUGAAGAGGAUGAGCCAGAACUUCCCUAAUGGGGGUGCCAUGGAUACCCACUUUGCCAACAUGCGAUCCCUCAUCCAGAUCCUUGAUUCAGAGUUGUUUGAACUAAUGCAUCAGAAUGGAGACUACACCCACUUCUACUUCUGUUACCGCUGGUUUCUGCUGGAUUUUAAGAGAGAGCUGCUGUAUGAGGAUGUGUUUGCUGUGUGGGAGGUGAUCUGGGCAGCUCAGCACAUCUCAUCAGAGCACUUUGUCCUGUUCAUUGCCCUGGCCCUGGUGGAAGCCUAUCGUGAGAUUAUCCGUGACAACAACAUGGACUUCACUGACAUCAUCAAGUUCUUCAAUGAACGGGCCGAGCGUCAUGAUGCCCAGGAGAUCCUGAGGAUUGCCCGGGACCUUGUGCAGAAGGUGCAGAUGCUGAUAGAGAACAAAUGAGAGCUGUAACCAAGAGGUGGCAGCCAGCCAGAGUCUGAGAUCCAGGUCCCUAGGCCCUGCAGAAAGGUGCUGAGGGUUGCAGCCAAGAUUACCCCAGCUCCCAGCCAAUCAUGCCUGCCCAAAUGUGUUCAUAACAAAGUGCUGAGAGCCUGGGGUUUGACUCCUGCAGUGCUAGCCUUGCAAAGCAGAUUGGGCCAAAAUGCCCUCAGUUGGCCUGAGUGAUGGUGAUAAAGGUUAGUGUGCUUGCCUUGCACGCAGCCAGCCUGGGUUUGAUCCCUGGCAUCCCAUAUGGUUCCCUGAACACUGCCAGGAGCAAUCUUUGAGCACAGAGCCAGGAGUAAGCCCUGAGCCAUCUUCGAUUGUGGCUCCAAAACAAAAACAAUCCAGAGAGGCUGGAGUGGUGGCGCUAAUGGUAAGG